AAUGAAUUCCGCGAUCGACUCGCACUUGCACUCCAUUCUUUUCUAUGGCUGAAAACCUGAAACCGUCGAAUGAUCGCGAACUUUUCGAUACCUUUUUCCCAGGACUGGUUGAUGACAUUGUGAAAGAAUGUGAAAAUGACAGAGAAAUAGGGGAUGCCGUGCGUCAUAUUCGAGAGGUAAUAUGAACUGCCGUUUGACACUGCUUGUAAGCAUAAAUCAGUGUAAAGAUAGCUUUCAUUACUGCUGUAGUUACUGUCAGUUUAUUUUAUGCUCAGUUUAAAACGUAUCAACUCCUAUCGUGGUGGUGAGUAAGGCUAGCGCUUACUAUCUAGAUGAGAAAAGGGGAGAUAAAAAUUAUGUUUAUAUUCGUGAUAUGGGCCGGCCGGCAUAUUAUAAUUGGGUCCGGACGAACACAGGCAGCCCAACUGCGUAAAGCACCGCUAGGGACCUUCUAAGUUAAUUUAUUAUCUGUAGAAUUUGGAAACGAUUUCCACGGAGAUUUCCAUACAGUCCCAUACAUUUAUUAUUCAUGAAUAUUGCUGCAUGCGUGUUAUAAUAAAUUUAUGGAGUUGUACGGAAAUCUUACCUUUAAGGUUUUAUUUACCAUAAAUCCUCUAUUAAGCCCCCCAGGGGGCUUAUUUAUUUCAAGACUAUUUGAGGGAGGGGCUAAAUGGAGAUGGGGAGCUUACUUUAGAGGGAUGGGGGGGGGGGGGGAGUUACAAAGCAAAUUUUUAUAGCAGCUAAAAAGUAGAUUUUAUAAAAAUUAUGUUUAUAUUCGUGAUAUGGGCCGGCCGGCAUAUUAUAAUUGGGUCCGGACGAACACAGGCAGCCCAACUGCGUAAAGCACCGCUAGGGACCUUCUAAGUUAAUUUAUUAUCUGUAGAAUUUGGAAACGAUUUCCACGGAGAUUUCCAUACAGUCCCAUACAUUUAUUAUUCAUGAAUAUUGCUGCAUGCGUGUUAUAAUAAAUUUAUGGAGUUGUACGGAAAUCUUACCUUUAAGGUUUUAUUUACCAUAAAUCCUCUAUUAAGCCCCCCAGGGGGCUUAUUUAUUUCAAGACUAUUUGAGGGAGGGGCUAAAUGGAGAUGGGGAGCUUACUUUAGAGGGAUGGGGGGGGGGGNUGCAGGUAAAGAAAGUGACUUAUUUUGGGCUAUUUUGCUAUCUGAACAAUCAUUGUCUCAGAAAAGACACCAUUUUAAUGUUCGUGAUUUCCUUGAGAGAUGAAUUCACAUUUAACUAAUCAGUCCGGAAUAUCCCUAAAUUUAAGGACAGGGCCAACUGGUCACGUGCCACUUUUUAACCAAUGAGAUGGCACGCCUGUGUUUAUCAACAAAUAUCAAAACAUCGCCCCAGUGAUCAAAAAUUUUCAAAACAACGGACGGAGUCGGACAGAAUUAAAGAUGAGCUUACAGUACUCGUCUAGGUUUCACAUUUAAUAUUUCAAAGAAAACAUGUCAUGUAAGAGAAUAAGAGCAUUAAUCAUUGCAAGGAAUGCGAACUGAUUCCGGACCGAUCGGAUCGAGGUCUUGGCUUCACUGGCAUGGCUUGCAAGAUUUUUGAUAGAAGCAAACUCGUCCCGUGUAAAUUUAGCCUUAGAGAGAGUGUGAAAAUUUGUUGCAAUCGUACAAAACAGCAUUGGCACUACCUAUUAACUUCUACAGGACAAGAAUCAAAGAACCAGUCAUCAUAACAAGAAUAGAAAGUAGUUCAAAUUUAUUAAUUUUUCUUGUUUGUUUUUUUUGUGUUGUUUCGUGUUGACUUCACGCAUCUGGUGCUUUCUUUGCUCGCUGUAGUACCUGCAAUGUUUUAAUUGUAUCCCAAAUAAUCAGUGCAUGUUCAAUGAGUAGCGAAAUACAGCCUUUACAAUUGAGAUUUGCCUUGUUUCUUUGAUUGUUUUUUAACGGCGGAUGAACAUUUGGAGAAUCCAACUACAUUAAAUCUUUCCAGAUUAGUGAAUUUCAGAAACAAAGCGGUUAGUAUCUACCUUGCGCUUAUGAUCUUCAAUUUCGUCCCCGCAAAUUCGGCAAAGUGAGGCGAGAUGUUGGACGUGAAUAUCCAUAAGACUAAUAAAGUUGUUUUGGCCUUGAAAAAAAAGGCAAAGGCUCGUACUAAUGCGAAGAAAAGUAAUAACACGGCUUUUGUGAGAAACCCGGGAGUGGAAAACGUACGUGUUUCUAGGUUGUCUGCCACCCCCACAUUCAACAUGAUAAAAGUUAAGCGAUAUGACAAUCGAGGAAAAAUAUCUAGAACUUCGUAAAAAAAUCUGUGAAUCGAAAAAAUAAUAGAUACUUGUUCACCUACCUUGAAAGCCGACCAAAAUCUCUCCUGUACAUCGCGUUGUUUAAAAGAUAAAAGAAGAAUAAGCCACAAAAUGUGCUGAAUAUUUCACGAGACACUUCCAAUAUGGCUUCCGAUACGCUGUCCACUUAAAAAAAUUGUGUAUGCCUCAUGAAAAGUCUUAAAAAUAUGCCUGAGAACCUCGAAACGAUGACUGAUUCUGCCCGACUUCGUCCAUUGUUUUGAAAAUUUUUGAUCACUGGGGCGAUGUUUUGAUUUGUUUGUUGAUAAACACAAGCGCGCCUUCUCAUUGGUUGAAAAGUGUCGCGUGACCAGUUGGCCCUGUCCUGAAACUUAGGGAUAUUCCGGACUGCUAAUAGUAAAACUCAGCGACAGAUCUUUCUGUUGGUUUCUGGCCACCAUAUUGUUACCCGUCCAGUUGGUCACCAAUGUAGCAUCUCCAUAUAAAGCUCUAUAAAUUUGGGGGAAUCGAUAGGAAACAUUAAUCUGUGAAUUUGUUUUUCAUUUACCAAUUUUAGGAGCAAAUUUUGGGAAUUCACAUUCUUGACAUGUUAAAAGUUUCAAUAUUAAUUUUUUUUGAAGUGAAAUCAUUUUGCAAAGGAAUAUACAUGUAAAACACCCACUCUUUAGGCUACUGCACAAACGGGAUCUUUUUUUUUUGAAAAAAAAAAAUCAGAACUUGAUUUAUUUUGAAUAGAUACAACUGCCAAAACACCCACAGCCUUGCCCUCCUAGCAGUUUUUUUUGGCACAGUGUUUGUAGUGUUUAGGAAGUCUUUCAUGUAGCUGAUAUUUGCGUAAAUGCUAAAAUCUAUGCGGCAAACAAACCCUUCUAAGCAGGGUACCACAUCCUUUCUCCUGGAAAAACAAACGCAGUGUUAGUCAUUCUUUUCUGUCCAACCUCUUAUGAUUCAUGAUAAUGGAACAAACCUAAUACUGGCCUUUGACUUCUGUUCAUAUUUCAGGUGCUAGAGUAUAAUGUCCCUGGAGGUAUGUAGAAACUAUGAGUUUUAACUUUCUCAAACUUCUUGAUGUAUAUUAUUUGGGAUCUGUGAUGUAAAAAAAAAGGUUUUCUUAUUUUUAACAAGGGUCGAAAACAUAUGGGCUUGAUGAGCAAAUUGAAUGGAUGUCAGGUUUGGAAGCAAAACUGCAGACAAUACGAUGUGCUUUAUUUUGGGCUUCUCUGAUCUCUUUACAGUGUUCUAGAGCAACAGUUCACCACUAACAGUUUUCCUUUGCAAACGUUUUUUUGUAUUUCUGUGUCAUGUAAAAGCAUACUACUUUGUUAACCAUGUAAAGCAAUGUAUUGUAAUGGACUGUAUUCCUUUGGGACGAUCUUUAUCAGUGACACUCUACUGGGACCAUGAUGGUGCAUCAAAUGAACUGAUAAAUCCUUUCCCGGAAUGGAUUCAUUGAUUCCUUUGAUGUGCUACGAUCCAAGUGAUCCUGAUCCUUAUCAUCUCAAUGGAAUGCACUCAUUGUAAGUUUCUUUUAAUGGGUAACAUUCCACACAUCACAAUUAGAGACUGUUUAAUUGAUACCUCUGCCUACACGUACAUGUUACUAAAGCCAAACCUCAAUUUAUACCCUCUCUGAAACAGCACUCUGGAUAAUGAUCAGGACAUUGGGACUAACUACAGAGAUACCAAACUCUGGAGUUCUAAAAUCUAGACUUUUCUAUUUAUUUUUUUCUACAGUCUCCUACUUUUAUUUACUAACACAGCCUUGGCAGAUCCAGUACGUAUGCCAGAAAAAGGCAUGAUUGUAAAUUGGGAAAGGGUACGGAAAAAUUACUCCAGCCAAGUCAAGUAAUAGAUAGCACAUUAAUUUGGUACUCUACAUAUGGCCAGCCAAUUGAUAGGUAUUUAAUGAGGAAGGCCUUUUAGCACUUUUCACAAACUUGAAGCUGUGAAAUCCAGGGUGUCUAGCAUAGAAUUUGUAUAAAAAACUGGAAAGAUUUCCAAGUCACCUAAGAGCAAGGUGUCAGGAGUCACUGGGAGCUGCUAGAGCACAGUUCUGUUAGAUACUUGACGUGUACUAAUCAAUGUAUUAAAGUCUUUUUCUAAUAAUUUCACAUUAUAGGGAAAAGGAAUCGUGGUCUCUCUGUGGUUGCCUCCUUGCGUCAACUUAUAAGCCCUGAUAAUCUGACCAAAGAGGAUGUAAGAACUGCAGUUAUACUUGGAUGGUGUGUUGAGUGGGUAAGUAAAAUGUCAAAACUCAUUUGCCUGAUUUUUUUCAUGAGUAUAAACUACUUCAUUGCCAUCUGUUGAACAAAAGCUUUUCAACGUGUUGAUGUUCAGGGCAGUCAUUAAGAGCCCUGGCUACUAUGAAUGUGGUCCCAGGCUACUUUCAUUGGAAUAUAGAAGAAAAAUAGAACCAAAAGAAAUCCCUAGCUGUCUGAUUCCCUGCCUACUUGUUGUAUUUACGCGGCAAGUGGAAAUCUUAGUGACAACCCUGGAUGUUGAUGUUGGUUUUUUAUUGCCAAAAACCAUUUAAAAUAGUUACAGUUGACUCUCGAUCUUUAAAAAUACACCUGGGUUUAAAAUUAACUCCAGUGCUUGGUGGCCAAUCAGGAAAGUUCCUUGAAGUCUUAGUGGUCUGGGCAAGAAUAAAGUGGCCCUUGAUGUCUUGUUUAACAUUUCAAUACUGUUUUUGAAGUGGUGCAUGUGCAAAAAAAGUGCAUUUUCAUGGAAAAAUGGGGCAUCUUCAUGGAACCAAAAAAUUGGUGCAGAUGGUUUCCAAUGACUUUGGGCACGGAAUCAAGAAAUUGUUUUCCAUGGGAUUUAAUUGAAAUCCUAGGGCUUGAUGGCACAUUGUCUGCUCACAUCAUGUGCUCUGAUGAUUAUAAUAUAUUAAAAUGAUGGUUAUAUUUGUUAGUUGGAAGCAUGUGUGGCUGUGCGGUCAACAUCUCAAACUCUGGGUCUCAAUCUGGAGGUCCAGGAUAAUUUCAAGCCUGGCCCAUCAGGUUGUUUCCUUAGACAAGGAACUUUAUUCUACUUUGUCUGUCUUCACCCAGGUGUAUAAAAGGGCACUGUGACAUACUGCAAGGGGUGGGGGAAAAGCAAUGCUCUAGGCAUGUUUCAUGUUAAGGAAUCUGGAAUAAGCUCCAGCCGUUUGGGCCUGUGGCUUGUGUGCACCUAACUUUUUUUUAACCUUAUAUUUUUUAGUUACAAGCAUUCUUUUUGGUUGCUGAUGACAUCAUGGAUGAAUCACUGACAAGGAGAGGCAAGCCAUGCUGGUACAGAAAGGUGACAGAUUAGAUUUUUAAUUCAUGAGAAUCAUUCUAAAAUUAUUACAAUAAAAUUAUUAUGCUAUAAUGCAGCUGAUAAUUAUAUUUUGCUUUAUGUUAAAAUUAAGGUGAAAGCAAGACAAAUCACAUUUAACACAAUUUACUUGUGUCCAAAAUUAGUGUGCUGGCCGGGGCAUAAGAAAUUCCAGUGGUUCGAGCCAUUCCUUUCUGGAAAGCUUAAAAAAUUAUAGGCUGUGGUUUGAGGCAAUGCAAUAGAAUUAUAUUGCAGAACCUCAUUUAAAAAAAAUACAAUGUAGUUGUAAAAAAUUAUCAACUAAAAUUUUCCUAGCUAUUUUCAUUGUUGUAGCAACAUUUGAAAGAAUUAUUUUGAAUCCAUGAUUUUGUUCUGUAUUUUCUGUUUACUAGACUGGAGUUGGCAGUAUUGCUAUAAAUGACUCUUUUCUCAUAGAAGCAACUAUUUACAAACUGCUUAAGAAGCAUUUGCGUCAGAAACCGUACUAUGUUGAUGUGUUGGAUUUGUUUCAUGAGGUAUAUGAUAUCUCAGUGGCAUUUAUUUAUUUAUUUAUAACUUUCAUUAGUGAGGCCCUCUUAGGGACGUUAGAAUACGAAAUUGUCUGUACUUGGAAUUUCAAAACCUGUCAUUUCGCUUAUUGAGGAGGAACUAAGCCAUGCCACUGUUAUUUAAUUUUUAUCAUUGUAUUGUGAUUUUCUCUGUCACUGUCACAGUUUCAAACCAUCUUUGUGUCACUUGUCACUAUUUCUGCUGUCCUGUGUCGCUGUUUCAAGCCAUGUUGGUUUCCAGGUUAUAAUCUUUUAUGUGACUGUACAAUGCAGUCGUUAUGUUGGCCCUCAAAUGACCUGCUCAUCACCAGAGUUCUCAGUAGCUCAGUAGUUAGAGCAUCUGAUUAGUGUCUGUAGGGCCAUGGGUCCAAUUCCCAUCCUGAACUCAGAAAUUUUUUCUGAGUUCUUUUCUCCACGCAAUUCUUCCUUUUUACUAUUCAUUGUUCAGAGAGUAUUUACAUGACUGUGUGAUGCAGAUAAUUCAUUUGUUCAUUUUGCAUAAUGCGAUUGUGCAAUGCGGUUAUUCAGUCAGUUUACUAAUAAACAGUGCUCAUUUCUAGAGUUCUCAGUAGCUCAUUAUAUUUUGUUAGAGCAUCUGACUAGUGUCUGGAAGGUGGUGGUUUCAAUUCAGAAAACUCAGAAAAAGUUUCUGAUUUCUUUCGUCUAUACAUAUUCUGUUUAGUAUUACCAUUAGUUAGCACUCAAUAUCUUUGUUUUAUAAUAGAUUCAUUUAUUUCCUAAAUUAUCUCUAUGAUAUAAAUGUAGGUUACGUAUCAAACUGCAACAGGACAAACAUUGGACUUAAUGACUCAGCCUGGAAAAAAUUUUGAGAACUUUACAUUAGAGAGGUAUGUACACACACAUAUGGCCCUGCGAGCAGAGGUUUCUCUCUUGUGUGGCUUUAUUAAGCAUUUACAAAGUCAUUCAGGUGGCUUGUCUUUUGCAUGGUUAGUUUAUUUAUGGGGAGUUGCCGAGGAAAACUCAAAUUACCAUGAAGUACAUGUACGUGUAUGAAAAAUUGGUGGUAAAUAACAGUGAGGGCCCCACAUAGGGUUGGUAGAAUGCAGGAUUAGCCUUUUUUUGCUACCACAUGUGGUAUGACAGAAUAUUUGAGGGUUGGAUGCAGAAUAGUUAGGAAGAGGGGGGAAGCUGGAACUAGAAUUUUGUCACUCUGUGGACAAGAUGGGGGAAUUUUUGGGGUUUUUUUCUGGGCAGGAAAUGGAAUGGAUGAUGACAAUUAAUGCUCUCCAAUAUUUCACUAUUCUGUGUCGAAAUACUAGUCUGAAGGGCCUAUGUUGUGGUUUAUAAGCUCUUCUCUGUUAAACGUUUGUUUGGUUCCUCAACACUAUGCAACAGCUUUGUGCCAUCAACAAAUGACUGAUUUGUAAUGCUAACCUAACCCCUUAAAAUUUCCGCGUCACAUGCUAAAAGACACUAAAAAACAUGCUAAAAACACUACAAAAAAAGAUUUUUAGAAGCAGGAUCAGGUUGAGAUGUUUAAGGCAAGCAAAAUGGUAGGACAAUUAAACAUUGGUAAGACAUUAAUAGUUUGGAGGCUAUCGUCAGACCUAAUUGAUUUUAGGUUUUUGUCUUGUCUGUUCACUGUUUUAGAUACAAAGCAAUUGUGAAAUUCAAGACUGCAUUUUAUUCUUUUUAUUUGCCAGUGGCCUUGGCAAUGUAUAUGGUAAGUGUUUGUAUGGUUUCUUUUGCCUGUAUAAAAUUUUAAACCUAUUGCAACCUGGCCUGGACAUAGGAUAUCGUCAGUAGACACAGCAAGAUCUUAAGUUGAACCUUUUAAUAUUGACACCUCUUUGGUAUAGAUGUCUCUCUAGUACAGAGAGUUAUUUCAGUCCCAAAUAUUGUAAACUUCAAUCUCUACCUGACGGGCCAGGCUUGAAUCCUGGACCUCCACCCGGAGUUUGAGGUGUUGACCGCUCAGCCACACAUGCCUCCAACUAACAAAUGUUUAAGCAAUAGAAAACGUUUUCCGUGUUUGCAUAGCCUGAUACAAACACGAGAGGGGUUGGGAGAAUUUGAGACAGUUAUGCAAACCCGGGACGAAGUCGAGGGUUUGCAAACAUUCCUACCCCUAAACUUGAUGGUCAUAAAUUGCGGUAAGAUACUAAUGUUAAAGUGACAUGCCGUAAAAUUUCGAAAAUAACCCCCUCCAAAUAAAAGCCCCUCAAAUUCGUAAUGCAAAAAACCCUCCGUUAAAUCGCCCCUCCGAAUAUAAGCCCUCGGGGGCUUGUACUUGGAAUUUGCCCUCAACUACAACUUAAAACAAAGCAAAAACGUAAUUUUUUUUAAUUUGCCAAAGGACUAUGGUCAACUAUUACUUGUGCCAAAUGAUUGCACGCGUCAGAAAGUGUCACAGUUUAUUGCUGUUGCGUCCAUAUAGAUAAAGUACUUGCAUGGCUGAGUUUUAGAAAGAUCUACAUCCUCAAGGCGAGUUUCAGUAAAAACUUUGUGCAUAUUACUGAGUGACAUAAAUUUCCUUCCAGCUAUAAGCUAGCCCAAUCGAUUUGAGGGGCAAAUUUUCUUGCAAGUAUGAGCCUAGCAGAUUUUGAAACGCAAAUUUCUCAAGCCCCUCGAAAAGGGCCUUUGAAAAAUAUAAGCCUUGGGGCUUGAUUCGGAAUUUUACGGUAUCUGAAUGCGAUAUUCAGUUUUAACUUUCACUAAACAAUUUGUUGCACACAUGUUUUUGUUUGUAGAAAUAACUGAACUUUUUAUUGCCUUAACGUUAAAAAAAUAUCAAUGUACAUACCCUUACUUGUUAAUUUAUAAUUAUAAUGAUAUAAAAGAUCCUUGAAAGGUUAUUAAAGCCCUUCGCUGCCUCCCAUUUGCUCCCAUUCCAGAACCACUAAAAAUGUAUAAGCUCCAAGGUGGUUAAAUACAUGGCAGUUGUUCAUGAUGUGUUCCACUUCCUCUUGUCGGAGCCAUGAGUUUGAAUCGUAUAAAUAAAGGACAAAGUUUUUUUUUGCCUCAUUUCCAUAACAUUGCAUUGAAUGUAUAACAAUCUUACUCAAUUUUGCAAUUUCGUUUUUUUUUGUUACUUUUUGAUUGUGUAGGCUGGUAUAAAGGACGCACAGUCUCAUGAGAAUGCAAGGGAAAUUUUGCUGGUCAUGGGGGAAUUUUUUCAAAUACAGGUAUGAGGGCAUUAUUCAUGACUUUAUAGCGUUUUCUCUGUUUUUCCAGCUUUUUUGAGGCCAGUUUUUCUUUAAUUCUGUGAUGUGUUUAUGUGCACUGCACAUCGAUGUCAAUAGGCCACCUCCGAGUUCAUAAACCCUCACUUUCAGAAUGAGGCCAAGUACACAACCUUUCUUCUGAAAAUGAGGUUUAUUUGCAUGAGAAUGAAAAAUCAUUUCCAUAUCAAAGGCUGAGCACUUACCCUCGUUUUGAUACAGAGGCCCGGAUGAACUCGAAUUUCAUUUUUUUGUGUGCACAGGAUGACUACCUAGAUUGCUAUGGUGACCCUGCAGUAACAGGUAAAGUAGGAACAGAUAUUGAAGAGAACAAGUGUUCAUGGCUUGUGGUGCAGGCAAUUCAGAGAAUUACCACAGAACAAAUGGAAAUGUUAAAGGUAUGAAUCAUGUUAUACUCCUGUAGUCUGUGAAAGUAGUUUCAUUUUCCUGAAGCUGAAAGGCUGAAGAAAUUCUGCUCAUAUCCUCUACUGCAUUGUAAAAGCCACGCUUAGUCAUUAGGGAGCUUUAGCAACAACAACGGCGACGGCUACGAAAACGUCACUUUAAAAGCAAAGUUUCACUGCUUUAAACUUUAUCGCGCUUAUUCCAUCAACUUGUGAAAUGUCGGCAAUUUUUUUUCUGGGGUUGCAUGGAUUCUAAAAGACUGCAUCGAAGUUCAGGAAAAGAAAAAGAAAGUCGUUGUCUUGUGUUCACGUCCUCCACAAAACGUGAAAUUAGGCAUGUUCACGUCGUAGUCGUGCAGUGACGGCAAAGAAAUGUACAAAAAAGCGUGAUGCACGUGCAAAGUCGUUGUUUUGCCGAUCUUAACCUAUUGCUUUUUUGCCGUUCUCGUUUGACGUUGCCGUUGUCGGUGCUUAUUAGGGACCUUACGAUCCGACAACGGCGACGUCUAUGAAAACGUCACUGAGAAAUAGACUCCGCAUCCUUUCAAACCAUUUCGCGAUUUUCCCAAAUCGUCCUGUUACUUAAAGGUGAUGUUACACCGGUCGAUUCGCAACGACGAUUUUUAGCGCAACACAGCGUUGCAAUGUUGGAACAAUGUUGUAACCAAUCAAAACAAUGUUACAACGCUGUUUUGUGCUAAACUGCGAAUCGUCUCGUGUAACAUUACCUGAAAAGAAGGGAAUUUAGAUUGGAACUGAAGAGAGGGGGCCGCGCCCGAGUUCAGCCUGAGAUGGUAGAAUUUAUCGCCUUGCCGUUCCCGUCCUCGAAAAAACUUAAAUUUGGUCAUUUCAUGUCGUAGUUGUGCAGAGACGGCAAAGAAAUGUCAAAAAAGCGCGAUGCAUGUGCAGAGUUUUUUUUUUAGCUUACUAAACCUAUUGCUUUUUGACGUUGCUUUUGCGGUCGCCGUUGUCGCCAUAGUUUGGUAAGGUCCCUAUUGCCUACUCCACCCUCCCUUAACAUGCAUAUUGAUGAACACAAUCAAUUGGUGAAAAAGUGCAACAUUAUUGUGAAAUGUGUCUUAAAACCGCUUCUUUGUGCCCUCAUUACCAGGUUUGUACAUGUAGUUACAAUUUGAUCAAGAAAAAUUCUGGAUUCGAACUUGAAAAUAUUGGGCCAACGUUUUCGAUUUCUGAUGCUAUGCGUGGAAAAAUCAUCAAGAAAUGGUUAUGGUUUCUGCUCCGUGAUAAAAUUUGUUUGCUAACGUCUUCAUAACUCUUCAUUGACAAUUUUUUGUAAAGCAAUGUCUUCGUCACAUAGCGACUUAAAAUUGCCCAUUCAUAACUUGGCGUAGGUAAUCACUGUGUAGUGGUUAUAAUAAAAAGGUUGUUGUCAUUUUCCACAAAAUUUCCUUUUGUUUUAUCCAUAUCUUUUUAGAACAACUAUGGAGUUAAGAGUCAAGAGGCAUCCACAAGAGUUAAGGAAUUAUACAAUGAACUGAACUUGAAGAAAGUUUAUCAGGACUACGAAGAGGAAAGCUACAAAAGCAUUCUUGAACUCAUAUCGCAAAAGUCUGGGAACCUCCCCAAAGAAGUGUUCUUGGAAUUUGUGAAAAAAAUAUACAAGCGAGAAAAAUGAUAAAUAACUGUGGAACAUUGUUUAGGAUUAGCAAUCUAACGCAACGAUUUUGAACUAACUAUUAUCUGCCAAAACGCGUCGUUAAGAUCGUUGACAAGUGUUUUUUUUUUUAAUUGCGACCAGCUUAAGGCCAUCUGUACACUGUGCAAUAUUGCGACAAUAUUUCUCGCAAAAAAAAAAACGAAGAAUCCCUUUUUUACUUGAACUCUGUGCGCAUCACAUUUCAUGUUACAACUACCAUUUUCAACUUUGGGUACAUUUUCAAUCUUCGGUCAGUCAAAUUUUUUUCAUAUUCAAAAAUUAGCCGCUGGUUUAAAGCGUCAUGAUACUUCUGUUGCUCGCAUGGUAACCGCUCAGCAAAUGUUGCUAGCAAUGUUGUGCGCAAUAUUGUAGGCAAUGUUGCACUAUGUGUCCGACCCUUUAUUGGGUACUGUUACAGAUUCAUGUGAAUACGGGUCAUUAUGAGACGAAUAAUCAUGAUAAUAACAGAAAUAUAACCUGGUAGUUCGAAAGGAAGAAAAAAGCAAACCUCUGAGACAAGGGGUGAAUAAAAAUAUAUUACUAUCGAAAUCUUAUAACUUCUUA